ACAUUUAAUUUCAUACUUGACAUUCAUAGCAUCACAUCACCAUCUUCACUGAUAUCAAUUCAUACUCACACAGCCAUUUCAAGACUCAAGGAUAAAUAAUACUACUAUAUAUAUUUGCUAGCCAAGCUCCACUGACGAGUCCAAUUCGGCAAACAUAUAUAUUAUAAGGGUAAUGAUGGCGGCAAGAUCUGUUCAACCUGUUUGCUUGCUUAUUUGUUCCCUGGCCAUCAUCAAAACUGCAUCUGCAAAAGUAAAUGAAUCACCGAAACAACAGAAAGGCAAAGAUCAUGCAUAUUUUGUCGAUAAAACAAUUGUUCAGAAUGCUGUGUCAAAAGGAGCAGUGUGCUUGGACGGAUCACCUCCAGCAUACCAUCUUGAUCGAGGAUUUGGUCAUGGAGUCAGAAAUUGGAUUAUUCUACUCUCAGGAGGAGCCUGGUGCAGAAACAUCACAGACUGCCUGAACCGUUCCAAGACUGACUUGGGUUCUUCAAAACUUAUGAUGCCAUUCAUAUUUUUAGGCAUUUUCAGCAAGACCAAAACUGAAAAUCGAGAUUUUUACAAUUGGAACAAAGUCUUUGUUAGGUAUUGUGAUGGUGGAGCUUUCACUGGAGACAUCGAAAGUGUUGAUCCUACUACCAAUCUUCAUUUCAGAGGUGCAAGAAUAUUUGAUGCAGUAAUUGAGGAUCUAUUAGCAAAGGGAUUAAUGGAUGCAAAGAACGUCAUUCUUUCUGGCGGUUCUGCUAAUGGAUAUCCAGCAAUGCUAUACUGUGAUCACUUCAAAACUUUAUUGCCUAAAGCUCAUAGAGUGAAAUGCUUGGUUGAUGCUGGUUAUUUUAUCCGUGUGAAAAAUCCACUGCUAGCAAAUGUGUUCGAGUCACUCUUUAGAGAUGUUGUUACUUUACAUGGAUCUACCAAAGUGUUACCAAAAUCGUGCACUUCAAGAAUGAAACCAGAAUUGUGUUUCUUCCCAGAAAACAUACAAGAAGAUAUCAAGACGCCAUUUUUUACUGUGAUGUCAGCAUUUGAUAGUUAUCAGGUGGACAAUAUAAUAGGCUCUAAUGUCGGUGAAUUCAUUCGAGCAAGAAAUUGCACUGAAAGUCUGAACAAUGCCUUCAAAGAAUUGAGGUCGGAAUUCUUAAUUGCUUUGCCCAAAGCAAAUAAUCCAAAACAAAGGGGAGCUUUCAUUGACUCUUUUAAUCGUCACACCCAGCUUGAACUAUGGUGGAAUAAAGUCAAUGCCACUCCAAUAAAUAAUCUGACUACAAUGAAGGUAUUUGGUGAUUGGUACUUUGACCGAAAAUACUCCUAUGUGAUCGAUGAGAUUGACUUGCCACUCCCCGUUUAUUUAUACAUCAAUGGUACUCUCAAGUCCCGGGGAUAAUUGUUUUAUUAAUAUUUACUUAGUUAUCAACAUGGGAUCUUUAAGUAUCGUUUAUGUGAAAUUCUAUUCAAUACAUUGAAAGAAUAUUUGUUGUUGACUUUCGGAUGUGCACGACUUGUUGCUAAUAUAUAACAACUAUUUUGUUGACACGUGCGUUGCAUGUAUAUGGCGAGUCAUGUAGUACACGAUUUUAUUUCUCCAAGAA